GCCGGCCGAAGCAAAACAGAUUUUGGAAAAGGUCUCAAUGCGGGACCCACUCUUCCCACCCUCGCUCUUAUCCAAUCUCGUAUUUCAUGUUGCUCUGACACGUGGCAUCAUCCGACGGCUCACAUUCCUUCUCCGCCACACGCGCGCUCUCUCUCUCUCUCUCUCUCUCUCUCUUCACUCUUCUUCUUCCUUCCUACAAUCCCUGUUCUCGCGCUAUCAGCUUUAUCUCUCUCCCUCUCUCUUUCUAGAAUUCUUCUCAGUUUGAGCAGGUUCUUCGAUCUCUCAGUUGAUCGGAUGAGCGGUCUGUUUUCUGGGCGAAGUAAUAUGGAGUGCAGGGUCAUCAUCCAAUACACUUUAUAAGAUCAGUUGAUAAUUUGAGAGAUCCUUGUGUAAUGGGGGGAGUUUGUUCAAGGAAGAGGGACCAGCAGGUCAUUGAGGACAGCAUCCAGAGAGAUGUCUCCACAAGGUAUUCCAAAGUUGGCAGUUCAAAAUGGCUCCCCACGUCUUUUUCCAGGGCUGGGGUAGACUGUUUACCAGGAAGCAGUUGCCCCUCCCUCAUGGAACUUUGCAUUUACAAGAUACGCGAGGAUAUGGAUAAAUACAGUACAUUUUCAAUGCUGCCAAGUGAUAUAAGUCAACAAAUCUUCAACGAAUUGGUGUAUUCCAAUUUUCUAACAGAUGUUUCACUUGAGACUUUUCGUGAUUGUGCUCUCCAUGAUAUUUGUGUUGGAGAGUACCCUGGAGUGAAUGAUAGUUGGAUGAAAGUAAUCUCUUCACAAGAUUCAUCUUUGUUUUCUGUUGAUCUUUCUGGUUCUGAUGUGACAGAUUCUGGGUUAGCUCUUCUGAAGAAUUGCUCAAACCUUCAAGUUUUAGCUUUGAACUAUUGCGACCAAAUUUCAGAGCAUGGACUCAAGCACAUUAGUGGUCUGUCAAACUUGACAUCUUUGAGUCUUAAAAAGACCAGUGCUGUUACUGCUGAAGGAAUGUGUGCCUUUUCCUGCCUAGUUAACUUGGUGAAGUUGGACCUUGAGAGAUGUUCGGGAAUUCAUGGUGGAUUUGUUCAUCUUAAAGGUUUAACAAAGCUUGAUUCUCUUAAUGUUAGAUGUUGUAAAUACAUUACAGACUCAGACAUGAAGGCGUUGUCAGGGCUCACUAACUUGAAGGAAUUGCAAAUUUCAUGUAGUAAUAUCACUGACUUCGGAGUUACUUACUUGAAAGGUAUGCAUAAGCUUAUUAGGCUGGACAUGGAGGGAUGCCCUGUUAGUGCUGCAUGUUUGGAUUCUAUUUCAGCUGUUGUCACCUUAGCAUAUUUAAAUCUUAGCAGAUGUGGUCUAUUUGAUGAUGGAUGUGAUAAGUUUGCUGCACUCAAAAAUUUAAAAUGGUUGAACUUGGGUUUCAACAAUAUCACUGAUGCAUGUUUGGUUCAUCUGAAAGGCUCAACAAAUUUGGAGAGCUUGAACUUGGAUUCUUGUAAGAUCGGUGAUGAAGGACUUGCUAAUUUGACAGGUCACUCACUUUUGAAAAGUCUGGAGUUGUCUGAUACUGAAGUUGGAAGCAAUGGGCUUCGUCAUCUUUCAGGUCUUACUAAUCUGGAGAAUCUAAAUCUGUCGUUCACCUUAGUAACUGACGGUGGUUUAAAAAAGUUAUCGAGUUUGUCAUCUCUCAAAUCACUGAAUUUGGAUACUUGGAAAAUUACAGAUACUGGGUUAGCUGUUCUUACAAGUCUAACCAGAUUGACUCAUCUGGAUCUUUUUGGGGCUCGUAUUUCAGACUUGGGAACAAACUGUCUGCGAUACUUCAAGAACCUUCAAUCUUUGGAAAUGUGUGGUGGAGGAUUGACCGAUGCUGGUGUGAAAAAUAUCAAAGAUCUAAGUUCUUUAACCCUGCUGAACCUGUCUCAGAACUGCAGCCUAACUGAUAAAACCUUGGAAUUGGUUUCUGGUUUAACUGCAUUGGUGUCCCUGAAUGUUUCAAAUUCCCGCAUAACCAAUGAUGGGUUGUGUCAUCUGAAGCCUUUAAAAAAUUUAUGUUUGUUAUCCCUUGAAUCGUGCAAAGUGACUGCAUCUGAAAUCGAGAAGCUUAAGUCAGCUUUCCUCCCUAAUCUUCAAAGCUUUCGUCCUGAAUAGUGCUGGAGCAAGCAUAACAUAUUUUGUAAAGAGCCACCAGCUAUCUCCUGUGGAUUGCUUUGCAUACAGAUCAGCACACGUACAUGAAAACAUAAACUUGAUCACUCUUAAUUGUAUAUAUGGUCGAUAUAAAAUGAUGGGUUGUAAAUGUGGCUGUCUGCCCAAUAUAAAGCUUUUUGUCCGCAGAUAUUGUAAAUAGAUGCUUUCCUUUAUUCAAACUGAUAAAUUUAUUACGUGAUGUGGUUUCAAUAAAAAAAGAAUACUGGGAAAAAUCUGAAGUGAGAUUAAAUGUUCAAACAAA